AUGGGAAUAGGAAUAGAUUGGAUCAUUGAGCUCACCCCCGUGGUAAAUAGUCUGGUUUUUCCCUCAGUUCCCGUCUAUCUUGAUGCCCCCAACUGGAACCAGCAGCAAGCCCAUCAGCCCCCAAGCGCUGGCGGUGGCGAGGCCCACCACCUCCCUCCAGUGCUGGCGCCACCACGCCCUGAGCCCGGGAUGGCGGCAGGCUUGGCGAGGCCCGUUUCGAUGACCGACAGGGCUCGCCUUGCUAAGAUCCCUCAGCCUGAGCCGGCCCUCAAGUGCCCCCGCUGCGACUCCACCAACACCAAGUUCUGCUACUUCAACAACUACUCCCUCUCGCAGCCUCGCCACUUCUGCAAGACCUGCCGCCGCUACUGGACUCGCGGUGGCGCCCUUCGCAAUGUUCCCGUCGGUGGUGGCUGCCGCCGCAACAAGCGGACCAAGUCUUCCGGCAGCUCCUCAAAAUCCUCCACCACUGCUGAUCGCCAUGCCGCGACCUCCUCCUCGACGUCCUCCACCGGCACAAGUGGCGGUGGUGCAAUUCUUCCGAACAUCGCCCCCCCGGCCGGCCAGUUGCCGCCCUUCAUGGCCUCCUUGCACCCUUUGGCCGACUAUGGUGGUUCCUCCAAUCUGGGGCUGAGCUUUACCGGGAUGCAGCCCAUGGAGCAGCUGGAUUAUCAGGUGGGGAGCAGCUCGAGCAUCGGCCUCGAGCAGUGGAGGCUGCAGCAGAUCCAGCAGUUCCCUUUCUUAGGAGGACUGGAGGCCCCACCGGCACCGCCGUCACAGCCGGUGCCGGUACUGUACCCUCUCGAUGGAGAAAGUGGAGGUGAGGGCUUCGCCGGUCAGCUCCUUCCAAAGGUGUCAGCUGGCUCCGGGCUGAUCACGCAACUGGCGUCGGUGAAGAUGGAGGACAACCCUCAGGGGCUUAAUUUGCCGAGACAAUAUCUGGGUUUCCCAGGGAAUAAUCAUUACUGGGGUGGCAGUACUGGCGGGGCCGGCGCCGGCGCCGGCAGUGGCGGCAGUGCCGGGUGGACAGGGGAUCUCUCGGGCUUCAAUUCUUCAUCAACUUCUGGCAAUAUCUUGUAAUUCCCCAGUUCUUAUUUAAUGGUUCUCUCGUUAACCCUAGCCCUGGAAGCUUGAUUUUUGCAAUGGCUUCGGAGAAGAUUAAAGAAGCACUUGUUUACUACAACCUUUAAUUUACUCGCGUUGAAGGCUACUGAAGAAUUGCUGGGAAUGGUAGGUCAGUUUCUUGUUUCCGGGCUAAUAUUGGGCUGGUGUUUAGAUUUCUGUCUCCUUUCUUUUGUGUCUUAUAGAAUGGCUACAGAAAUGUGGUGCAUGGGUUUGAUAUCUCUGACAUGGAGAGUUACUUCUUAUGAAAUGAACAUGAGCAAUGUAUGUGUACUUCAUUGUCUUGAAUAGCUUCUUGUUAACACCA